AUGAGCGACCCGCUAUUGGACGACCUCAUGACCUCGCUCGCCGACGAUGCCUUUGUGCAGUCGGCGGUCGAGGCGAUCGGCGGCGAGAUGCCGGUCUCGCUGGAAGAUAUGCUCAACUUUGACGGGGUGGUGGCGGCGUCGUCGGCGGGCGAGCCUGACAUCGACGGGCUCGACUUUUCCUUUGAUGCCUUUGACAAUGUCAUGGGCGCCGAGGCCGCGGCCACGGCGGCAGCCGGGCCUCAGAGCGCACUGGAUGCGCUCGACUCUCUGAUGGCGUCGGCAGCGCCGUCGUUUGAGGACGGCGAUUUGCCGACAGAGGAAGUCGUGGCCGACACUGUCGAGCUCUCGGUCCAUCCGCAGGCCGGCCUCAUUCUCGCCAUCCGCAACAAGGCUGUCGACCAGCUCGACAUGAUGGCCCGGGUCGAGGCGACUACCGAGCCCAUGGGCAAGCUCGUCGCUUCGCUCAUGGAGCGUAUCAUUGCCAUCCGCGACGUCGGCGCCGAACAUCCACCGCUGGCCACGGAGGCCGAAGCCCUCACCCGCCGCUGCACUGACAUGAUUCACUACAUGAAGUCGGUGGCCGACUUUCCCGACCCCGGCUUCACCGCCCUACUCGCCGACAUCAAGGCUGCCGCCAUCUACAUUGCUGAAGGUAUCUAUCUCCAGUCGCGGUUCACCCCUUAUGGCCUGCCGCAGCAGGCGGUUGUGUCUCCGGCCCCGGCCCCGGCCCGGCCCGGCCCGGCUCCGGUCCCGGCCCCGGCCCCGGCCCCGGCCCCGGCCCCGGCCCCGGCUCCAGCAACCAUGUCCCCCGAGCUCCGCGCUUCCAUCAGCGCGCUUGGUCAGGAGAUUGUGGCGAAAGUCCGGACCAUGCUGGUUGCGUCACAGUCGGACGAGUCGGCGUCGUCGAUCUCGGCCACGCUGAUGGAGACCAUUAAGACAGGGCGCACGCUCAGCCGCGAGGCGUUCUCGGCCGCGCUGCCGGCGGCCAAGGCUGCGACCAAGAUCGAGUGCGAUAAGCUCGUGUCGGCCAUGCUCGCCGUUGUCACCCGCCUCCGCGCUGACGAGCUCUCGUUCCCGGACACCAAGUUUAUCGAGCUGACUAAGAGUGUAGCCAAGCAGGCGGUCACCGUUGUCCGCACCGCAAGCUCGACGUAGCCACGACGGUACACUGCAUCAAAAAUCAAGCGCGAGCGGCGCGGCCCGGACCACCAUU